AUGGCAUCGAGCUUACGAUUGCUGAUAUGUGGGCUGACUAGUAUUGCUUUGAUUUUCCAGAUCAUCCCUGUCAUCUCCAUUCCAGUGGUUCAUAGUAUUUACUUGUCACAUUACAAUGGACGAGCUUUUGGGGUUUUCGGCUGGUGUUCUACAUCGACGAAUGUUUGCGCCGCCAGACGUAUCGGGUAUGUGACCAGCUGCGAAAACGGUAGUGACACCGUCGACUUAAACGACUUUGAAUGUGCGGAACUAGAAUCGCCAGGCGAAUUUUUGCCGUCACGAGCGAAACGCGAUAUUUCGAAGCUUUUAAUCGUACAUCCAAUUUCUCUAUUCUUUACAUUCCUGCUCUGGCUUCUUAUGGUAGCCAUCAACUCUCGAAGGUUGGGACAGUCUCGCAAGAUCCUUACUUGCACCGUGCUUUGGUCAUUACCUGCGGUGUUUUUGUCACUGCUAAGCUUUUUGGUUGAUAUUCUGCUAUUCGUCCCUUUCUUGGCUUGGCCUGGCUGGCUUCUUUUGGUCAGUACAGUUCUAAUGGGUGUCGCUUCCUUCAUGAUGUGUGGAGUGCGUAGGUCAGUGUCUCUUCAAAAGUAUGAAAAAUUGCGUAACGGGGAACAUAUUGACUUGUUUCCAUUACAAUUUGAAAAAGCUCGCUCCGAAGAUCUGCAAGGGUCUCGGCGCAGAUCAGAAGAAUCUUCUACGCCUGUUCAGACAUUAUUAGAGAGACCAGAAUUGGUUCAUAGGUCUGUGUGA